AUGGCCAAUUUGCAAAUCAGCAACAUGCAGGGAUUACCCACUGAGCUUACCUCAUUUCUGACAACAUUGCAGGCCCAAAUCAUGCAUGUGCAAAACAGAACUGACCAGUUAGAGCGACUUGCAGCAGAGAAUGCAAGAUUAACCACUGAAUUGGAUCAAGCUAGAACAACAAUUGCUAAUCUGCAGAAGCAAUUAGGAUCUCAGAGUGCAUCUGAAAAAAACUUUUCAGAAAUUUCACUUUCGAACCCAGCUGGCGCAGUAGGUGCUCCUGACAAAAACAAAGAACCAGGUCCGGAAGCCUCCACUUGGGCUAGUAAAGCCAGUGUUUCUCUUUCUGUAACUGCCCCAAAAAUGUCUGCUGUUCCCUCUGCUCGCCAUAUUGCAGCUUCUGUCCAUAUGUUUGCUCUUCCCUCUGGUCCUUCGGUCCAUUCCUCUCUCUGCACUCUUGGUGUGGAUUCUUCUCGACUUUUGGACAUUAACUUCCCAGCCAGAGGUGUCAUUGGUAUCCUUGUUCAUAUCCAGUAUGCUGAUACAUUUAAGGCCAAACUGACAACUGCUUCCGUUGAGAUUUUGGACGCAUUUGAUCCACUUGACUCUGAUAAUGUUGCUGAUCCCAAGUAUGCAUCUCUGUCCACUCAUGAACUUGCCAACACUGCUGCCAUGCUUCACCAUGAUAGAUGUCUCCAAGCCCUUCAGUUCUUGUGCCCACAUGUUGCUAUCCCAGUUGGUCACUUCUUUUGUGAGGAAGGGUGGAUCAGUGAAGAUGAAAUACCAACACGUACUACUCUUACCAAUGCCACUGAAACAUGGCUUCUCUCUCCCUCACAUCUUCCCACAUCAUGGUCACAAAUUCACUUGUAUGGUUCUCCUGUAGCUGGCACCUAUAGGGGCUCUAUGGGUGUUUCUGUUAUCAUAUCACCUCACUGUCCUUAUGCUGUCACUCAAAUACCCAUGCCCUCCAAAUAUGCUCUGGCUGUCAAAAUUGGUUCACUCAGAAUUGUAUGCUUAUAUCUUUCACCAAAUAUGCCCACUCAUGAUGUCCUACAUGUACUCUCUUCCAUUCCUUUAACACAUGAUACCAUUCUUUGUGGUGACUUCAAUGCAAGACUUGACUCUGUUACUGGUGACUAUGCAUCAAAAUCUCGUGGACUGGCACUAUGUUCUUGGAUAGAAGAGAGAUCUCUAUCAGUUGUAAAUGCAGAUCUUGCACCUUGCAUACCAACAUAUAUUUCUUUCCGCAACAACUAUGAAAUCAGCAGUAUUAUUGACCUCUUUAUAACUAAUAUGCUACUCAUCAAUCCUUCUCUUCAUAUUGCUACCACUGCAAAAGACAACCGAUUUAAGUAG